AACAACAUCGAACAAUGACCGAUAACACCAUGGCGCAACCUGCAGGCUUGGGCUCCAGCGUUGUGACGUGAGCAGGUUGGUCUUUACGUUCACUGCCUGCUUCCCCACACUCUUCGCCUGACGCCUCCCGUCUUUCGCAAGCGCUAAACCGAAACGUCUAUACCAAAUAGAUUGUUAAUCGUGGUCAGGCGUGAUAACGACUCGGUGGCGGCAUUAUUGCGAAGACAGAACAUGGCGAUUGACACCAUCCCUUACCCCGAUGCCACUGACCUGGCACAUGCUAAGAAAGGUUUCUACGCUGUGAAGAUACCGGUGUCCCACUGGCAACUCCGCCACUACAUCUCCUCGCCCGAGCCGGAGCUUCUCUACUACGCCAGCGCGAACGACAUCUACUGUCUGAACACGAAUACUAAGAAACGCAAACACAUUGCUACGCUGCCCUUCGAAGCCCGCUGCACAGCUUCUGGCUAUGGGUAUGUCUGCGUCGGAGGCGAGGAUGAUGGGCACUUUGCGGCCAUCAAAUUGGAUGGCUCCAGGGCAGGCGCGAUGGAGGUUGACACGGCGCUACCCGUGGAGCCUUGGCGGCAGGUCGGCAACGGUGCUGGUAGGAGGGCAGCCAGUGUCAAGGUGGAGCGGAUAGGGGAAGAGAUCGUCAACAGCAUCUCCAUCCACCGGAUUCAGGAUGAAGAGGCGCACCUGGACGAUAUCGUGGCGGUGCUUACGAACAACGACAAGACUGUCCGGGUGUACAGCUUGCCGCAGGGUCUGGAGACCACGGUGCUAGACCUGCCUUUCGCGAUGAACCAUGCUACCAUCUCGCCAGACGGACAUACGCUGGUUGCGGUCGGCGACUUCAACCAGGCGUACUUCUUCCAGCGAGAGAUACAGGAGACGCCGCCGCAGAUCCCGAAGCCACACAACAGACUCACUAGCGCGAGUAUAGAAUGGACGCUUACAAGUGUCGUCAGUCUUCACGGCACCGAGCAUACUCUAGGCUACUUCACGACGGCAUGGUCACCAAGCGGGCGGCUGGUGGCUGUGGGUUCGGAAAGCGGCUUCCUUACUGUCUUCGACAUGUCCAUUCUCAUGAGCCCUGAUUACGACGACGAGGAUGCUGUCGUAGCGGUCAUCCCGAGUUCGAGAGCAGAUCAACCGCCACCCCAUCCUGGUGCUGUCCGCUCCAUGCUGUUUGCGCCCGACCCAUGGGAUCUACUCAUCUGGGCUGAAGAUCAAGGCCGGAUAUGCAUCGGAGACCUGCGCACAGGGCUCAAGACGAAGCAAAUCGUGAACCUUGAGCCGAAAGAAGAGGGACUGGACAAGCUGGUGUUCGACGAUGUACCCGCAGAACGCGUUCCAACCUAUGUACCUGUCCACACGAGAGACAUGGAUGAGCUUGAGGCAGACUUUAUCCGACGCUAUAGACAAGCGCCGGAUAAUGCGAGUGCCGUUAAUUUUGCGACUGAGUACAUCGAAGCGCGAAGACGACAGCGGCAACAGAGGCAAGAUAUGGCUGCAUUGCGAUCUCAAGCUAAUCUUGUCGGUGUGAGUGCACUUGAGGAUGAUCCAGCGGGUCUCACAGCCCGUGAGCAGCAGAUACUGGAAAGCUUGCGAACGAGCAGACAGCGAGAAGAAGCUCGCGCGGCUGGGCAAGCUAACAGGACGGUCAAUUACACGUCGCCGGAGAUGUUUAGCGGCAGCCGCACGUUUAAUCCAGGUAUUCCGCAAAUACUACCUGCGUCAUCUGGGUCUACAUCUGCGGCAAGGCCCAUCAGCGAGAUUUUGAGCUCUGUGCCGGACUCAUUCCCCGAACUGUCACGCACUAGCGCUGCCAGUCCACGCCCGUCAUCUUCCCACUACACGGAGCAAGCACAACCUCCACCGUAUGGUGCGGGCUAUUACGCAGGUGCCAGCAGUACGCGACUAAGUGAGCCUUCUCGGCUGCCAAGGCGUCGCGCUUCCGUCGUGCUCUCUCCGCCCGCUACAAACUCGAGUUCGGCCUCUUCAUCCACCCUAGCAUCUCUCAGGCCGGGCGUUCCCCCCCUAGCUACACCUGAACCCGAAGACGAGAACCCCUGGCGAACAAUCGAAGAGCACAUGACGCUCGCACGAGGCCCGCUUUUCGAGUCUGCCCACCGCGCACAAGCCGCCUCGCCAGUCCCCGCAUCAGCGCGUCCCACAGAGCAAGAAUUAGCCGCCGAACUGGCCGCCGAACGCGCCCGCGCAAGGUCUCUGGCUCGGCAACGCGAACGCUUCCGCAGUCUGCGAGCCGAAGCUGCCGCCACGGACGCGCUCCGAACUUCGGCGACUACCACGGAGACGGUCCGCAGGAUUGCUGGCUUCCCGGAGGGCUACGAGGCGUUGGUGCGGAGGUCACAGAUGAGAGGGUAUAGUGGGAGAGAGGUAGGUGUCAGGACGGCAGGGCUCGCUAUCAGUCCGGAUGGCAGGACGUUGUGGGCUGCGUGUGAGGACGGCAUCUUUGAGAUCAGUCUCAACUUGAAAGCGAGGAUGUUUUGGCCUAGCCUUGAGCCGGUAUGAGGGACGAUUUUUAAGGGGGCGGGUUAACAUGAAGCAUGGCGUCUGGUGUUCAGCAUGCACUGCCGUCCUCUGGCUUUGAAGAGCACUGUGUGAGAGGGAGCUCACAUUCUGUACCUAUGUAGCAGUGUAUGAUUGAAAGGAUGCUCCGUC